GGAGUAGUUGUUUCUUGCUCGAGUCCCCGAAGCGACGAAGUGUUUCGAACUCGUGUAUAUACAGCUUUUGCAUUAGUACCAUGUAUGUUGUCUCCAUAGCGUACUCUGCUAGGGGUAUACCAAAUUCGUCGUAAUUGUCUUUGAUUCCUGCACACUACGCACGUUUAGCAUGCACGAAGGAAGGGCGGUAAACAGUUUCCUAUGAACACCGAUCUAUGGUUAGGUUCAGUGAUGUUGAUUAGGAUAUGAAUCUUAGAGAAACUGAAUAUUGCAGUGUAUUGUCGCAGUUAAUGAUUAUUAUAGCUAUUAAUGUAAUUGUAAUGUAAUAAAAUUCGUAAUUAAAAUACAAAUAAAAUGAUAUAUUAAGAUUUAAUUUGAAGGAAACAUGGUUUGGAAUAUUCGAUUGUCAUUUCACAAAUUCCUACGCAAGCAUUCUUUAAAUCGUAGCGUGUUAUUGUAUUCGCAAAAAGACGAUUUAAAUGUAUUGAGGAAUUUUUUACACGAUAAACCAGCUAUAAUUUUAGGAAUAGAAUCUAGUUGCGAUGAUACAGGUUGUGGAAUUGUUGAUAGCACAGGAAUUGUAUUAGGCGAAGCUAUUAUUACUCAACAUCUUACCCAUUUAAAUUUCGGAGGAAUAAUUCCUUCGUUCGCACGAGACAUGCACGCGAAUAACAUUACUAAAGUUUGCGAAAACGCAUUAAGAUUCGCAAAUAUAAAAUUAAAAGAUAUUACCGCAGUGGCUACGACUGUAAAGCCAGGUCUUCCUUUGUCUCUCGACGUUGGAACAAAGUUUGGAAAAUAUUUAGCAAAAAUUGGAAAUAAGCCUUUCAUACCUAUACAUCAUAUGGAAGCUCAUGCUUUAACAGCACGCAUCAAAGAAAAAGUAGAGUUUCCUUAUCUUGUUUUAUUAGUUUCUGGAGGUCAUUGUUUACUUGCAAUUGUUGAAAAUGUAGAUAAAUUUUAUUUACUUGGUACUAAUAUAGAUAAUGCGCCUGGAGAGAUUUUUGAUAAGGUUGCACGAAGACUGAAAUUAAGAAAUAUUCCAGAAUUUAGCACUUUAAAUGGAGGAUUAGCAAUAGAAAUUGCAGCACGUAAAGCAUUGGAUAUUAAUCAAUUUUCAUUUUACCCUGUAAUGACACACAAUUAUGAUUGUAAUUUUAGUUUUGCUGGGUUGAGUUCUGCUUGUGUAGAGCAUAUUAAACGCGAGGAAAUGAAGCAUAAUGUAACUGCUGAUAGGGUAAUUCCUAGUGUAUAUAAUUUAUGUGCAGCAUUUCAAUUGGCUAGCAUAAUACAUAUUUGUCAGAGAACUCAACGUGCAAUGGAAUUUAUUGAAAAGAAAAAAUUAUUUCCUACAGACAAGCAGACACUGGUUGUAUCUGGAGGAGUUGCUUGCAAUGAUUUUUUAGCCAAAGCAUUAAGUAUUCUAUGUAGAGAAUUGGGUUAUAAUUUUGUAAGAACACCACCAAAAUUGUGUACAGAUAAUGGAAUAAUGAUUGCUUGGAAUGGAGUGGAAAGAUGGGUUUCAAAUACCGGUGUUGUUAGAGAUCAAAAUGAAAUUGAAAAAGUGUGCGUAGACGGAAAUGCUCCAUUGGGAGAAGAUUGGACAGAAAAGGUAAAAAACGAAAAUCUAAAAUGUAAAUGGGUAAAAAUAACCAAAGAACUUCUUUUAAGGACUUAGGAGUUUAUUAAACUACAUUAUAUAAUUAUUAAUAAUGUACAAAAUUACAACUUAAAUUACACGUUUUCAAAAUGUAGACAGAAUAUAACAAAAUUAUUUUUCAAAAAAUUUUA